CGGCAGAAUGUCUGAAGAGUAUCUGUUCCUGAUACGCGUGUACCAUAACUGGACUUCGUAAGGCUCUACAUUCAUGGCGCUUGACCUAACUAGGCAAGUCUCGCUUAUCCCCUCGUAAUCCCUGCAGAAAAAAAAGACAUGAAAUCCCACGACCUGCACAAAGUUUGCACAAAAACAUACAACAAUCCAAGAUGGCCGACCAAGCAACAGAAGAAGACAUUCUCCUCGCAAAGCGUAUCAUCUCUGCUGCGGAGCGACACGAUGUUCCGGCCUUAAAGAUUCUGCUCAAAGAAGGCUCAGCCAACGUUCAGGACCCUACGGCAACAGUUGCAACUUCGCCUCUACAUGCUGCCAUUGCUGCAUGCGGAAAGGCUGACCAAGGAGGAGAAGCAGCUGAUGAUGCAGUCCAGACAGUCGAGCUGCUGCUUCAAAAUGGAGCUAUCUGGAAUGAUUUGAACAAAAAUGAUGAAACACCUGGUUGCGUUGCGCUGCGUCUGGGUCAAAAAAAGAUCUACGACAUAAUGGUAGAAGCUGGUGUCCGUGCGGAAAUCUUGUUCGCGAAGAUGGAGGCUCUGGGCUUGGGAGGUGACGCAACUGAAGAAGAAGAAGAGGACGAUGUUGCAGCUGAGGAGAAGCCUGCUGCCAAAAAGCAGAAAGUGUCCGAGGAAGAGGCAAAACCUAUCCAGGAGACCACUGAAGACCAAGCACUCGACGAUGUCUCACUAGACAACCAUGCAUACUUGAAGAGUCAGCUACGGUACAAGCCCGGAAUUCUUCUCGACGAGAGCGACAACGCUGUUAUGAUGGACUGGGAGACCCAAAUCAUGCAGCGCCAUGCUGAGACUCUGAUCCCAAAGUCUGGUCUUAAGGUCAUGAACGUGGGUCACGGAAUGGGAAUCGUCGACACUGCCAUUCAGACACAUGAUCCUGCCGAACACCACAUCAUCGAAGCUCAUCCACAGGUGCACAAGCGACUACGAGAGCAAGGCUGGUAUGACAAGCCAAACGUCCACAUUCACGAGGGUCGAUGGCAGGAUAUUUUGCCGAAGUUGGUCGAGCAGGGUUUAGUUCUUGAUGCAAUUUACUACGACACAUUUGCCGAAGACUACGCGGCGCUGAGGGAGUUCUUCGCUGAGUACGUCAUCCAGCUGCUUGCCAAAGACGGCAAAUUCGGGUGGUAUAACGGUCUGGGAGCCGAUCGCCAGAUCUGCUACGAUAUCUACACAAAGGUUGCUGAGAUCGACCUGUACGAAGCUGGGUUUGAUACGACUUGGGAAGACAUCGAGGUACCCUCAGGUCUGCACGGAAGCAAGCAGUGGGAGGGUACAAGGAGGCCAUACUGGACAAUCGACAUCUACCGACUUCCAGUGAACACCUUCAUCAAAUGAGAUUCUCCAGUGUAAGCGGAAUGUCUUCGUGGAGAGAAGCAGAGAUGUACUAGGAAUAUACCGGCACAUCACCCCUAGAGAAAGACCUCAAUUUGUGUUAAAAAAUUCAUUCUGUUUCGUCUCAUACUAAGUCGACGACUGAAAUGAGUGUACCAUCUAUUUCUUCAUGCAUGAUUGAAUAGGG